UGCUUCAUUGUCGUAGGACCUCCAGCUAUCCCAGCGGAUCUGCAUUUGCAAGCUCACGAUCGGGUGUCGAUCUCGCAACCCAACUUUGCACCCUCGCGCCCUACUCCAGAGCUCCCAUAGCAAUUGUGUUCGGCAGCGCUCGGAGAAAGAUACUGUCGUCUGCAGCAAGAAGACGACGGCAACACGCUACUACGAUCGUAAAUCGAACACCGACGACCAAAUCUCUGACGGCUGUUGACCCGCCUUCUCCGCUGGUUACGGAAGGGAGUGCAAUCGGCAAGGCUACGGACGAAGGAAUUGCAAGGAACAACAGCUCCUCUUCAGGAAGCCUCGACCCCCCUGAAAUUGGCAUUCCGACGUAUAUAUGAGCAGUCGCGCGGAACGAUGCCUCCCGAAAUGCAGUCGUUCUACACCCCUUCCACCUCCACGCACAUCUCCUCCCAUGCUCCGGCGGCAGUGGAUGAGCUAAUCAACAAAUACUCCUCCACCAUGUCGACCUCGACCUCCGCCGUUAGCCAUCUAUCCAUGAAAAAAUCCCACCGAAACGUCUUGCAGCGAAUCACAGACCGCAUCCGGUUAGAAUACUAUCGCUAUGAGGUCACAUUCGGGCUGUAUGUGAUGACCCCAGGCGAGAAACUCGUGGCCAACACCUUUGUGAUUGUCGUGCUCUCCCUUCUAUUUUGGGCGCUGCUAGUCUACUUCCCCGCUCUGCUGUACCAGAAGGCCAGCCGUCUUUUGUGGUUGUUGACGGGUGAGAACGGUGAGGAAAUGGGAGCUGCCUUGGGUAUCAUCGAUUCACACGUCAACUCGAUGUCUAUGCCUUCGAGCUAAAAGCACUUCGAUUGCGAAUGAGCUAUCAGUUUUGGUUUCGAAGAUCGCAUGACCAUGAUCCUUAUAUUUUUUAUUGCUCUUUUUGCGUGAUAUGCGUCUGCACUUUGCUAUUUUGGUUUGUGGAUAUCAGGAAUCAACAACGAAGGUUCCCGAGUGCCACCUUCAUCUCAUAUUUGCAAGUUCGAACCGGCGUUUUGGGAACUAUAUGAUAUACAACCGGUAGCGGCGUCUCUGCGCCGACCGAGCUUAAUGAUUGGAACGGAAGACAUCGGAAUUAAUGAG